AGGGGUCACGUGACGUCGCAGCCGCCGCCCCUCCUCUUCUAGAACAGUCUCUUGCGAGGCGGCGCUCAGUCGCUUUCCUACAGCAGGGCAGGCGUGUUCGUGGACGCAACAGAAUCGACUACGAUGGCGGCCGGCAACGAAGCUCAGCACAGCACACCGGUGUACCUGGGCGCCCUGCUGGAUGACGGGGAGGGCGCCACCGUGACUCUGGCGGCGGGGGAGACGCGGCUGGUGGUGCACAGGGCGGUCCUCGUGGCCGGGAGCCCCGUCUUUGCAGCAAUGUUCCGCCACGACACGGCGGAGUCGCGCGGCGGCCUCGUCGACGUCGCAGACGUGGACGGGCCGGUGCUGAGGGAGCUGCUGACGUACCUGUACACCCUCCGCGCCCCGCAGCUGGCGAGCCUGGCCCCCCGCCUGCUCGUCGCCGCCGACAAGUACGGCGUGGCGAGCCUGAAGGCCCAGUGUGAGCAGCAGCUGGCCGCUGGGCUGACGGUGGACAACGCGGCGGCCACAGCUGUUCUCGCGGUGCGACACUGCUGCCCCGGCCUCCGGCAGACGGCCGUCUCCUACAUAAAGGGCCACACACACCGAGUGAUGGCGACGCAGGGCUGGGCUGACGCAGUGCGAACCUGGCCAGAAGACAUAGUCCAACUCAGCGGGAUGCUGGCGGAGACGUCACCGGAAUCCAGCGCCUCUUGUUUGCAGCCCCGGCCCCAGCGCCGCCACUCAGCCUCCCAGCGGCGCGGCUGCCCGCCACACUCCGCCGCCUCCUGACGACGCAGCCGUCUCUCGCCUGCGCGCGGGCCGUGGCUCCAGCAGGCCCAGCCCUGCCACUCGGCCACUCGGCGACCCCGGACGCUCUCCUGCCGCGGCUGCCCGCCACACUCCGCCGCCACCAGACGACGCGGCUGUCGCUCGCCUGCGGUGAGCGCUGCCGA